GAAAGGGAGGGAGGGGGGAAUAACUGUGGAAAGCAGAGGCUGUGAGCUGUCUGGCUGGUGACAAGGGCAGGCAGGCAGAGAGAGAAGAGGAAGAUGCAGAGAGCAUGCGAGGUCCUCCAGCACAAUGUUGAUCAGCAAGGGCACUACAAAAAGGCAUCUGGCAGAGGGAUUUGAGGGAUUCCUUUGCUCAAGGGCAUACUGAGCUGACACUUGUGAAGUUUUUCAUCCGCAAGUAUGCACGUUUGCUUCGUGCACCAGGGGGCUUGAUGCUGGAGUCUGCCAUCCGCAUGGUGGAAACCUCAGAUCACUGGAGGCGUGAUGGAUGGACUCUCUGUAGGGAACCUGGGAUCACUCUCUUUGGGCUUACUCUAAGCUCCUCUUGCUGAUCCAUGUGUCAGGUAGUCUUCUUGCUUGUGUUCCUUUUACUCUCUCCUGCUUGGUCUUCUACACAUUCUGGCGUAUGUCUGCAAAUGGCAUGUCUUAGUCUGAAGGGAACAGCGGGAUGUCAUUUUCCUCUCUAUCAGAGUAAAUGGUAUUCACUACGUUUUGGUAUCAAUGUCAUGUUGUACUCUGCCUUCCAGACAAAUCUGUUGGCUGGAAGGUUAGGAAGAAUGCAAUUCAAGUAAUAAUUUGCUUUGUUGCAACAACCAGUGCACUCACAAGCCUUAGGACAAGGAAUAUGAUUGCAGUCACAUGGAGAUAAAUUAGAUAUUUGAGGUUUAGAGACAUGUGGGAGACUAACAGUGAGAUCAGUGGGCACAAAGGACACUGGUAACAAUUUGAUCCACGCCAGGGAAACAGUCGUCUCUUGUCCGCUAACGCUCAUCUGAAUUUUCUUUGCGCUUGCGGUCAUAACAGAGGACAUUCUGCAGAUCAGAUUAAUCUAUGUCUGUGUCUGUCUGCCUGCCACACUUGGAUCUCAUGGAGCAAACUGGCAUAUCGCAUCAUAGAACCACUUACCUUAUCUCACUCACCCUGGUGAAAGUGGAGACAGCUGAGGACCAUGGGACAGAAAAGGCCAGGCAAAACGUGGAGGGGGAGACGAGUCAAGCUGGAGGAAAACACCCACCUCCAAAGACAGACUCAAGCAAUGGGGUUCAGCAUCCACAGAAACAGGAAGAGGUCACUGAGCCAGAGGCCAAGAAAGACGUCCAGCAGGAAAUACUUCCAAGCCCCAGGGACCAUAAAGCACUUCUUACAGAUGGUGCUCACCCCAGUGACAGGCAAAAAUCAAUAACUUCAUCUGCAACUGAAAACGGCAGGGUAAGAGAAGCCCCAGGAGCAGCUCAAACAUCUACAGCCAAGGAAGCAGUUGAACUAACCCAACCCCCAGGCUCGAGCAGUGUCCCAGGACGUGUUAGCAAGAGGCCUAUGUCCCUUCUGAAGGCACACAGCGGUGCCCUCAGUAGUCGUGAACUGCGAGAGGCUAGAGACAGCAUGCAUGCCUCCUCCAAGAGCCUGGACCGUAAAGACAGCAGGUCUGGAAUCCAGUCCCCAGCCAGCCCUGCUCCUGGUUCCUUCAGGGCAUCUUGGGCUGUGUGUGAGGCCAAGCCCAAUCAGGACGAUCUGAAAGGAGGCACAGGAGCUAAAGCAUCUAUAGAAGGGACGAUAGCCAUGCGGACCCAGAGCCCAAGAGCAGAGAGACUGAAAGCAGGGUCUACAUCUCUUCCGGCCCCAGUCACCAUGGUGUCCAAGCCACAGCGUAAGGGAAAGAGUCGCACCUUGGACAACAGUGAUUUGAAUUGCUUGUCAGAGGACCUUCUGAAAGGAAAAGGUGGCCAAAUCACAUCAGACAUGAGGGCAGGUCAGUCGCAGGGAGCCACGACACGAGAUCGCAAAAUGCUCCGAUUUAUUAGCGGCAUUUUCACGAAGAGUACACAAAGUACACAAGUCCCAGCCAACACUGGCACAGUACCCCAAACUCCUGGCUUGUCCCAGAGGGAGUCCAGUGAGGAUGAAGCAUCGUGCGCCAACAGUCAGGAAUGGACCCUAAAUCGCUCUAUUCCAGAGCUGAGAGUGGGGGUGCUGGGUAGCUUGCGGAGCGGAAAAUCUGCUCUAGUAAACAGAUUCAUCACAGGAAGCUACCUUCCCCUGGAGUCACACGAGGGUGGGAGAUAUAAGAAGGAGGUGCUGGUGGAUGGACAGAGUCACUUGUUACUGAUUCGGGAGGAAACGGGCCAUCCUAGCCCACAGUUUAGCAACUGGGUCGAUGCCGUCAUCAUGGUGUUUAGCCUGGAAAAUGAAGCCAGUUUUCAAGAAGUGUAUGAAUAUUUCAGGGAACUUAGCACCCACCGCAACACAGCAGACAUCGCCCUCACAGUAGUGGGUACACAAGAUAAGAUUAGCAGCACUAACGUCCGUGUGAUCGAGGAUAAGAGAGUGCAGCAGCUUUGUGCCGACGUGCGACGCUGUGCCUACUAUGAGACCUGCGCCACUUAUGGACUUAAUGUGGACCGAGUCUUUACCGAGGUAUCACAGAAGAUAGUGGCAGCUAAGAAGCAAGCUGCUCUACUGGCAUCAUGCAAGUCUCUUCCCAACUCCCCCAGCCACUCUGGAUCCUCCACGCCAGUGUCUGCUCCAUUCCCAGGACAGGCCAGUAAUGGGGGUCAGAGUAGUGAUUACUCCUCCUCUUUGCCCUCCACCCCUGUGAUAAGUCACAGAGAAAUACGGGGAGGGGCGGGGGGAGAGGGGGGCUCGCAGCGAAACGUUCCCCGCCGACGGACCUCCUUGUUCACGAAUCGCCGGGGGAGUGACACUGAGAGGAGGACCCCAGACAGCAGACCUGAUGUGGGAAGCAGUAGAACAGUCAUUAUUAGACAGGGCACUUUAUGGAAGCGUAGUGAGCGCUCUUUGAACAAGGAAUGGAAGAAGAAGUUUGUCACUUUGUCCAACCACGGCAUGCUGAUGUACCAUUCAAACAUCAAUGAGUACAAGCAGAACACUCAUGGUAAAGAGAUGGACCUUCUGCGUGUGACUGUGAAAGUACCUGGAAAGCGCCUGCCCCGGGCAGCACCUCCGACCGGCCCCGCCCCCGGGAUCAACGGUCUUACAAAGGACAAGCCAGCAUCUGAAGGGGGGACCUCAUCAAAUCUGCUCACGGUAGAUGAAGGGGCCAGCACCAUGACAUUGCCUCAAGAUGAACAAAGGGUCAAACGCUGCCCAUCGUCUGUAUCCAAUAAAGGCGUGAGCAUGGACUCCAGCCUUGAAGGGGCUCUAGGCUCUCCUCUGGGAAAAGAGCUCACCCCAUCCUCUCCUAUGAGUGACAGGAAGAAGACCAAGAGGAAGAAGAGCAUGAAUGUGAAAGGAGACAUUGCAGCCAGCCAGGCUGACGAGGAGGAGAGCGCAGACUUUAUCAUCAUAUCGAGCACGGGGCAGAGCUGGCACUUCGAAGCCCAGAAUCAGGAGGACAGAGAUGCCUGGGUGCAGGCCAUUGAGAGCCAAAUCCUUGCGUCUUUGCAACUGUGUGAAAGUAGAAAUAAGACUCGAAGGUGCAGCCAGAGUGAAGCUGUGGCAAUACAAGCCAUUCGCAAUGCCAAAGGCAAUGACCUGUGCGUGGACUGUGAGGCACCAAAUCCCACUUGGGCAAGUCUUAACUUGGGGGCACUCAUUUGCAUUGAGUGCUCAGGAAUCCAUCGGAACCUUGGGACACACUUGUCCCGAGUACGCUCCCUGGAUCUGGAUGACUGGCCCAGUGAGCUUACCAAGGUAUUAACAGCUAUAGGCAACCACAUGGCCAACAGCGUCUGGGAAAAGUCUAAACAAGGACGCCAAAAGCCAACACCAGAAGCAACGAGAGAGCAGAGGGAGUCAUGGAUCCGGGCUAAAUAUGAGCAGAAGCUGUUCGUAGCACCCUUGCCGACUCAGGGCGAGAGUCCAGGGGAGGUGACGUCAGCUCAGCUGCUCAGCGCCGUCACGGAGAGAGACCUUCCCAAACUCCUGCUGCUGUUGGCUCACAGCACCAAGGAGCAGCUCAACGCCCCACCAGCAGGCUCCCCUCUGCAGCCUCAAAGCCCCUUACAUGUUGCCUGCCAACUGGGAGAUGUAGUCAUGACUCAUCUCCUAGUCUGGUAUGGCAGCGACGUGAAAGCAAAGAAUCCUCAAGGUCAAACCGCUCUAACGCUGGCACGGCAAGCUGGAAGCCAAGAGUGCAUUGAGAUCCUGGUUCAACAUGGCUGCCCCUACGAGACUUCACCGACCGCACCCACACCUGUUCUCUCUCGCAAAAGUAGCAUCACGAGUCUCGGACGCACCAACUCCAGGAGAAGGGUCACAUAACUUGGAAAAGAACAGAUGGACAGAUAAACCUUCUUCCUUUCUGACAAAACUGGUCCAUUUUUAUUUCAUUUUGUUACAAAAGCUGUGUAUGUCUCCGUGGGUGUUCUUCUCUGUCCUCAUUCAUAAACAACCCAUCCGAUUCCUCCUCAGAAAAGGCAAAAAAUGUAAAAAAAUGUCAUUGUAUGAAACAAAAUUAGGAAUGUCUUUUUUGAAAUACAGAUACUGUUUCAGUCAGUUAAAGCAAUAUUAUACAUGCUAAUUAUACUGUAAUAUACCUAUUACAAAGUAAAAUGUAGCCUAGAGUGUUUCUCAAAGCAAUCUGAGGACAUGUAUUCGUCAUUACUGUAUGACUGUCAUAAAAAACAAACUGUUCCUUACAACAAGCAAGAACUAAUGGCAAAUUAUCAUGUUUCUAUGGGAAAGGAAUAGUAUGUCAUUGUGCGCCAUUUCUAAGUACUAGUAUUAAUAAACUUCAAUCCUUAAAAUUUUUGG